AUGGCUGUCCGAGCCGUCCGAGCUCACAGUCGCCGCCGCCAAUCGAUCAACACGACGUCGCGCAAACACUGGUUCGUCAAGUCGAUUUGCACCGGCAGCAUGCAGUCUCAAUGUCGCACGGCAAGUGCGACGGGCCCGCAGUCCUUCACCUCCGGGCUUGAGAUUCGUUCGUCCACGCUUUGA